AGCAGCUCCGGUGUCUCUCGGUUCAGGGUUUCAGCCGGUGGAGGUGUUCCUCAUGUGAAGCUCCAGAUCAUCGACCAGCAGCAGACAUGAGAGCCGCGCUGCCGGUGCGUCCCGCGGGCAGCAGGAGGAGGAGCAGCGGCACAAGGAGCUGCUUCCUGCCGCCGGUCCCGGUGCUCCUGCUGCGGGACAUGGAGCUCUGCUACCGGCUGCUGGGGCGGCUGGUGCCCGCACUGAUGCCCGGCAUGGCCGCCAGCAAGGUGGAGAUCCUGCAGCAUGUCAUCGACUACAUGCUGGAGCUGCAGUCCGAGCUGGACGCCUCCUGCCCGGCCGGACAGCGGGAGGAUCCGCACCUCUGUGACCGGCAGCAGCAGCUCCAGCAGCGGCCACAGAGCCCCGCUGACAGCAGUCCGGCGAUUUCCCCCCAAAGAACGUCCUGAUGUGGAGGAGAGCUGGAUGAUGCUGACAUGGCUACAGGCCCAGCCACCACAGAAGAAGAGACGGAGCUGAGUGGAGGAAGUGCACAACAGCAGAAGAAGAAAAACAGAAACCGAAAGCUGCGAUUCUGAAGAUGAGCUUCACAAAUGAACUAAAUCGUUACCUUGAAAGAAAGAAUAAAUGAAAACUUGAGCCCAGUUUGUUCCUGGAGCUUAAAGUUUGACUUUAAACUGAAAUAUUUAACUGAAAUCGACCAAAUGUGUAAAAGUUUUAAACUGAAGUUGAGACACUUUCUUUGGGCAGACACAAUGAAACUUAAAAACCAAAGACAUUUUUCACAGUUUUUGACAUUUUACUGAAAUAAUCUCAAUGAUUUGAGAGAAUCAUGAUGAGGGGGGUCAUUUUUUUUCAUUUGUUGUUAUUGUGCAGAUGGAUUUUAAUUCAUUAAAAGCAAACAAGUGGAAAAAACAUUAAAUGUAUGAAAUGAAACAUGUAAUUAACGUGUGUUUCUAACAGGUAAUAACAGGUUUAUAAUGUAGCCGUGAGCACACUCAGCGAGCACGUCUCCUGAUUACUCCAAUCAGCCUCCGUUUUCUUACAGCAGCAACUGAUAAGAGUUUUGUGGGAAACAAAAUAUUCCUGAAUGUUUAAGAUUUAAUUUCAUGACCCCAUUUUGAAAAGGAGAAAAAGAAAUUCCCGUCGUCUGCACAGGCUUCUACAGCACCAGACCUCAUUCAGGUUUCUCACAUUUCUGUCUUAAUUUAGUUCUUCUGUGGCUGAUUGUUGUUUUUUUGUGUAUGUAACGAAAUCCUUUCUCCUGCACAUUUGAUCAGUUUUCGCUGUUUUUCGUUUUUGAUGAAUCACGUGAACAUGAAGCAGAACCUCAGAGGAAACUUUCCUGAGAGCAAAGGGAGGCCUGAUCCAGAGCUGCUAAUGAAGUGCUCGCUGAGUGUACAGGACGUUCUUUAGGGUUAAAUAUGUGUCUCCUGUACAGACACAUUUCAUAUUAUUAAAACUAGUCCUGUGUGGAAAAAGUGACCAGAUUAAUAUGAUUUCUGCUGUUUCUCAGACACACAGUUGUUAUGAUCUGAUUGGUCCUCACUGGAUUCACG